AUGAAGACGAAAAGGCCUCCUAAACUGCAGCAGAAACGAUUACUGGCUAUGCUUGUGUUAGCAGUGCUACUGUCCUCCUGCAUUGCUCUUUUUGGGUUUUACAAACACCACCCCUACCUUUCAUUAGCAUCUCCCCUUGCCUCAGAAAGCUCCACCUUCCAUCCAAUCGAAAAGCACCACCACCACUACAACCAUCAAGGCGUUUCUCUAAAUGUACCACCGCCGGCGGCUACCCUUUUGCCCCCAGCGCCACCUCCACAAACAAAAACCGUAGACUUGGUAUUGGAAACAGGGCCAUAUCAUAAUUGGGAACUUUUUGCUGAUGAUUUUCAAGAAAUGUUGCAGCAUUUAAAGAUCUUUGUGUACCCGGAUAUCUUCAACAAGAGUCACCCUUUUGCUAACAUUUUUCUUCCCCAUGAGAACCCAUUUAGCAAUCCAAAACUGGGUAAUUACUUUAGUGAACACAUGUUCAAGGUGUCCCUUAUACACAGUCCCUUGCUUACUUCAACCCCAGAAAAAGCCCAUUUCUUUUUCCUCCCAUUUUCAAUAAACAACCUUAGAAAUGACCCUCAAGUUCAUUCUGAGGCAAAAAUCUCACAAUUUGUGGCCCAAUACACGAAUAGCAUUAGCAGCAGCUUCAAAUUUUGGAAUGCUUCAGGAGGUGCUGAUCAUUUCUAUGUUUGUUGUCAUUCUGUUGGGAGAGAGGCUCCCUCCAAGCAUCAUGGUUUGCGUAACAAUGCCAUUCAGCUUACUUGUUGUUCGAGUUACUUCCAACGAUUCUAUCUUUCUCACAAAGAUGUGGGGAUUCCUCAAGUUUGGCCUCGCACGGAUCGGACUGCCUUGAAUCCUCCACAUGCCAGGCAUAGACUUAUCUAUUUUGCUGGACGCGUCCAAAAUUCUCAUGUCCGGAAGCAGCUGAUAAAUCUGUGGGGAAACGAUACGCAAUUUGACAUAUUUAAUGGGAGUUCAUCACUCCCUUAUGAAGAAGGCUUUAAGAGGAGUAAAUUUUGCCUUCAUGUUAAAGGUUAUGAGGUGAACACUGCAAGGGUUAGUGAUGCCAUACACUAUGGGUGCAUUCCUGUUAUAAUUUCUAAUUAUUACGAUCUACCGUUUGCUAAUACCUUGGAUUGGAGCAAGUUUUCUGUUGUCAUCAACCAUCAAGAUAUUGCAUUCUUGAAAACAAAAUUGUUGUCUAUAAAAAGAGGGAUGUACCUGAGAAUGUACCAUAAUCUCUGCAAAGUUAGGAGACACUUUGUUUGGCAUACAACACCAAGGGGCUAUGAUUCCUUUUAUAUGACUGCUUAUCAGUUAUGGUUAAGGAGAAGCACUCUCCGUUUAUCAUAUUAA